ACACACACACACGGUCCCGCCCCGCCCACAUCCACCUCAGCUCCGCCCGCCCGCCGGGACGCUCAGCUGUAUAGCUCCGACCGGUUCAUCCCGAGCGGACAGACACCGAGCGGACCCUCCCGACCUGCUGUCAAUAUCCGCCCUCGAUGCACAAAGAACCGACCAUCCUCGUUCCGACCAGAGACAAAGUAUUCACUGUCAAACAGGACACGGAGGUGCAGCUGCUGUGUAAAGCUCUGUUCCCGUACCUCGACUCGGAGUGGAAGAUGUGGUGGACGGUUGACGGGAAGACGUUGGACAAAGUUCACGACUAUCAUCGAUUCUCCAAAACCACCAGAAAGGUGAAUGACGACUUCGGGGACCGAAUGGAGGAGAGCGUGCUGGUGAUCCAGGACUUCCAGUCUGAAGACCUGAAGAGAGAGUUCAACUGCUCUGUGAAGAACAAGAGAGGGUUCGAGACCCGAAGAGUUCAACUGGUGGAGGAAGUGUCGCUGCCGUCGGUGGAGCUGGGUUGUGGUCUCGGUGUGACUCUGGUCCUGAUGCUGCUUCUGUUCGUGGUCUAUCACGUCUUCUGGUUGGAGCUGCUGCUGCUCUACAGAUCCUGGUUCGGCACCGACGAGCGUCACACAGAUGAUAAGGAGUACGAUGUGUACAUCUCGUACGCGAGGAACAGCGAGGAGGAGCAGUUUGUGCUGUCGACGCUGCGCAGCGUUCUGGAGAACGAGCUCGGAUACUCUGUCUGUAUCUUCGACAGAGACAGUCUGCCGGGAGGGACCAUCACAGAUGAGACUCUCAGUUUUGUGGCUCGUAGCCGGCGCCUCCUGGUGGUCGUUAGCCCGGGCUACGCCUCUCACGGCUCCCAGGCCCUGCUGGAGCUGAAGGCCGGCAUCGACGGCAUGGCGCUGGGCGGGCACCUGCGGGUGAUCCUGAUCCAGUACAAGCCUGUGCAGAGGCAGGGCUGGGUGAGGGAGCUGAGGAGGGCGCGGGUCGCCCUGGCGCUGGUCCGGUGGCAGGGGGACAAGUCCAAGGAGCUGACAUCCCGCUUCUGGAAGAGGCUGCGGGUGGAGUUACCUGUGAGGAGGGUUGGCGGCGGGGAGGAGGGCAGUAAGGACGUAGCCCUGAUGAGGCUGCACAGUCAGAACAGCACCAACUCCCAAACCGGGCUCAUCAGCGACACCGUCAAACACCCGCACAAGGUCUUCAACUCUGCCGGGUAGCACAGACACCCGUCAGUCAGGACCGGUUCAGUGUCUGCAGAACUUUAGACGAACUGAGAGCGGUGGAGAGAUCUCGGUCUCUGACUCUACUCCCUCGUUACAGUCUCUAAAAACUAGUUCCUAUCUAGGACUGGGUCAGUACCAGGACCAGUACAGUGCCUGACUCAAUACUACAAAACAGUACUUCUCUCAGUGCCUUACUAAUUUUCAAUAUUUUAUAAUUUAAACACAAAGCAAUUUGUCCAAAUAUUACUACUUGCAAGACGACAAGUGAACAACUUUUAAAGUGCCUGUUUUCUAAAUGGAGUUUGGUUGAUUGGGGCUAUGCUAACUUAGCUCAUAGUAAAUCCGCUCUUCUCAAAUUAAUAACAUUUCUGCCUUCAGUAUUAUUUGUCCUCUCAUUAUCAAUAAUCACCGUUCACACUAUCAUACAUUGUAUUACUGCAGUGUUUGUCAGUGUUACCUUCAAGAACAAACCACAGCAGCCAAAUACAGCGAGACACAUUAAAGAGGUUCAGUAAAGUGGAAGUAAACAUUUAGCAGACUAAGGCUAACAUAAGCAUGCUGUAGCAUAUUUAGAGUCCUAACCUGUCCUGUAAAGUUUGCACAUCCUGAUGUUGUCAGUAUUUCUUCACCAUGAAAGAAAGUGGUCAACUCGCUGGGGGGGGGGACGCGCCUUGUGUUCACGUUACAGUGCUAAUCCUGAUAUUAGCAUGUUAGCAUUUAUUAUCAGUGUCCGUAUUUGCAGUAUUCAUAAAAAAGCCGCUGCGACUGAAAGGAACUGGUUCUUUAGUGUUUGAUAACAGUAGUGUUUUAUCCUGUUGGUGGCGGUAGAAUCGUUACAGUUGGAGCUGAAUGGCUAAUCAAUCGAUGAUACUCAACAGCGUCUGUGCAAAGACACCGAGAAGCUCUGUUUGUUUGAGAGCCAGACAGCGAGGAGAGGUCGGUACUGAGAAAGGAAUCAAAGAGUAAAACUUUACUUUGUGUGUUUGUUUCACAGCCUCAGUGAGAUUUCAGGAGACGGUGAACAUCUGUAAUAAAGUUGGGUGUCAUCUGCGUAGAGGGAGAUUUACACUCUCAUAGACAGCCUUUAUAUAUAAAUAUAUAUAAAAUACUGCAACCUAUCCAGUAUUAGUCCGAUAUUUACAGAGUGAAACUCACUGAUAACUUUAAAAUGUUGUAAUUAUUCUGCACUUUCUGUAUUUUUAUGUUUCCUCUUUUAAACUUUCAGUUUAUCAACAGUAAAUCUGUCGUAUGAGGUUAUUAACACUGGUUGUAAAGGGAGAACGCAUUCUGCACUUUGUCUCUUUGUAUUUGUCUGCAUUUUAUGUUUCUUGGGAAUAAAUGUUUUUUUUUUCAUCUUCA